AUGGGGAAUGCAAUACCAGCGACUCCGGAUCCAAUUUUUAUAAAUGAAAGUUACAAGAGUGCCAGAAAUGUUUUGGAAAAUGUUGCAAGACUUAUAAAAGCGAAAGCAACAAAAGAUGUAAAAAGACAUAGAAACGUUUUGAAAGGAAAUUUGAGAAAUGCCAAAUUUUAUCACCCUUUUUCUAAAGAAAGACCUUACUAUAAAAGUGCCUGUGAUCUUGAUUAUAGGUUUCAUUCGAACAUAUGGAGUGGAGACAAUACAUAUAGACAUCCCUGUGCAGGUAGGAACAGAAAUCGUUUUUCAUAUGAAGGUGAAGCAGAAUGUCGUAUUAGUAGAAUAACUGGUAAUAAAACGGAACAUGGUGCAUGUGCUCCUUAUCGCAGGAGGCAUUUAUGUGAUUAUAUUUUUCAUCAGGUAAAUGAUAAUUAUAUAAAAACGUCUGAUGAUUUAUUGGGAAAUUUGUUAGUUACAGCAAAAUAUGAAGGUGAAUCUAUUGUGAAUAGUUAUGCAAAUAGCGGAAUGUUCAAUGUAUGUACUGCCCUUGCACGAAGUUUUGCAGAUAUAGGAGAUAUUAUCAGAGGAAAAGAUCUUUAUCUUGGAAAUGGUGAUUAUAAAGAAAAAGUAUCAAAUAAUUUAAGAGCAAUUUUUAACAAAAUAUAUGAGAAUUUAAAUGAUCCUAAAUUAAAGAAGCACUACCAAAAAGACGCUCCAAAUUAUUAUAAAUUAAGGGACGAUUGGUGGAAUGCGAAUAGAGAAGAUGUAUGGAAAGCCUUAACAUGCAAUGCACCAUAUGAAGCUCAAUAUUUCAUAAAACCAAGCGAUAAAGAACACUCAUUUUCAAGUGAAUAUUGUGGUCAUUAUAAAAACGGUGAUCCACUUACCAAUUUAGAUUACGUCCCUCAAUUUUUAAGAUGGUUUGAGGAAUGGGCAGAAGAGUUUUGUAGAAUAAAAAAAAUUAAAUUAGAAAAUGUUAAAAACGCGUGUCGUGAUGAGAAAAAGAGAAAAUAUUGUAGUCUUAAUGGAUUUGAUUGUACGCAAACAAUUUGGAAAAAAAAAGUUUUCGGUAGAGGUAAUGAUUGUACUAACUGUUCGUUUAAAUGCUUUCCUUAUGAAAUUUGGUUAGGCAAUCAACGAGAAGCAUUUCGUAAACAAAAAGAAAAAUAUGCAAAGGAAAUAGAAGCAUAUGUAACUAACAGAGGUAUACCUAAAAGUAGUAUUAAUAACGGAUAUUAUAAAGAUUUUUAUAAUAAACUUAAGGAAAAGACAUAUAACACAGUGGACGAAUUUAUAAAUUUAUUAAAUGAAGGAAGGUAUUGCAAAAAACAAAAACCAGAAGAGGAGAAUAUUGAUUUUAUUAAGACUGGUGAAAAAGGGACAUUUUAUCGCUCAGAUUAUUGCCAAGUAUGUCCCGAUUGUGGUGUCGAUUGUUCUAGUGGAACAUGUAUAGAAAAGAAGGAUGAUAUCAAUUGUGGAAAAAAGAUAAAUUAUGAACCUCCACAUGGUGUGAAGCCUAUUGACAUUAUUGUCCUUUAUAGUGGUAAUGAAGAAGGUGAAAUAACAAAAAGAUUAAGUGAAUUUUGUACGGAUUCAUCUAAUAACAAGGGUAAAAACUAUGAACAAUGGAAAUGCUAUUAUAAAAAUGGUGACGAUAAUAAAUGUAAAAUGGUUAAAAAUAGUGGAAACAAUAUAACCGAGGAAAAAAUAAUAUCAUUUGAUGAAUUCUUUUAUGUGUGGGUUAGAAAAUUAUUAAUAGACAGUAUAAAGUGGGAAAACGAACUUAAUAAUUGUAUAGAUAAUACAAGCACGCAUUGUAAUAAAGAAUGUAACAAAAAUUGUGAAUGUUUUGACAAAUGGGUGAAAAAAAAAGAAGAUGAGUGGAAAAAUGUGAAGAAUGUAUUCGAAAAUAAAAACGGAACAUCGCAUAAUUAUUAUAAUAAACUUAAUGGUCUUUUUAAAGGUUUUUUUUUUGAAGUUAUGGAUAAGCUUAACAAAGAUGAAACCAAAUGGAAUAAACUUAUCGAAAGUUUAAGAACCAAAAUUGAUUCUUCCAAGGAGAAUAUAGGUACAGGAAAUACACAAGAUACAAUAAAAGUGUUGUUAGAUCACUUAAAAGAAACUGCAACAAUAUGCAAAGACAAUAAUACAAACGAAGCAUGUGAAACUUCAAGGAAUCGCAAAACAAACCCGUGUGCUAAACCUCAUGGUAAGAAACUUGCGACUGUGAAACAAAUCGCACAAUAUUAUAAACGCAAGGCAUAUAUACAAUUGAAUGAGCGCGGUAGUAGAAGUGCUUUGAAAGGGGAUGCGUCACAAGGUCAAUAUGAUCGUGGAGGUAAAGCAGAUGACUUCAAGACAAAAUUAUGUGAAAUAAAUGAAAAGCAUUCGAAUGCUCGCAGUAAUUCACUAAAUCCAUGUAAUGGAAAAGAUAAUAAUAAAGUAAGGUUUAAUGUAGGAACACCAUGGCAGAGUGGGGAAAAAAUAGCUACAGCAACUGAUGUUUAUUUACCACCACGACGUCAACAUUUUUGUACAUCAAACUUGGAAUAUUUAAUUAAUGGUGGUCAUCAAGCAAUUCUGAAUGUUAAAAAUGGAAAGAUUAAUCAUUCCUUUUUGGGAGAUGUACUUCUGGCAGCAAAGUACCAAGCACAACAUACAAUGAAGGACUAUAAAUCUAAAAAUGACAAGGAAGGUAUAUGUCGAGCCAUACGUUACAGUUUUGCCGAUAUAGGUGAUAUAAUUAAAGGAACAGAUUUAUGGGAUAAAGAUGGUGGAGAGAUUAAAACACAAAAUCAUUUGGUGACAAUAUUUGAUAAAAUUAAAGCGCAACUUCCUAAAGACAUCAAAGGAAAAUAUACCGGAACCAAACAUUUAGAAUUACGUAAAGACUGGUGGGAAGCAAAUCGUGAUCAAGUGUGGAAGGCGAUGCAGUGUGGCAACGACAACCCAUGUAGUGGUGAAAGUGAUCAUACACCGCUACAUGACUACAUCCCUCAAAGGUUACGCUGGAUGACAGAAUGGGCCGAAUGGUAUUGCAAGGAGCAGUCAAGGUUGUAUGACAAGUUGAAGGUGUGUGAGGAGUGUAUGAGAAAAGGGGAAUCAUGUACGAAAGGGAGUGGUGAGUGUGCAACGUGCAAGGAAGCAUGUGAAGAAUAUAAUAAAGAAAUAAAAAAAUGGGAACAACAAUGGGAUGCAAUAUCAUACAAAUACCUAAUGUUAUACGCAAAAGCACGAAUUACUGCUAUUAAUGGUGGUCCUGGGUAUUAUAAUACGGAAGUACAGGAGGAAGACAAACCUGUCGUUGACUUUUUGUACAAUUUAUAUCUACAAAAUGGUGGCAAAAAAGGUCCCCCUCCUGACACUCAUCGUGUUAAAGCUCUUAUCGCACGUGUUAAACGUGAUGCCGCACGUAAUCGUGUUAAACGUGCUGAUGGUAGUAGUGCCACUAGGGUAACCGCCACCACCACGAUCACCCCCUACAGCACCGCUGCCGGCUAUAUUCAUCAAGAAGCACAUAUUGGUGAUUGUCAGAAACAAACACAAUUUUGUAAAAACAAAAAUGGUAGUGACGUUAGUGAUACAGAGGCCGAUCCCACUUAUGCCUUUAGGGAUAAACCACAUGAUCAUGAUACAGCAUGUAAAUGCAAGGACAGACAGCCGGAAUUAGUAACGGAAAAAAAAAAAGAUGAUGAAGGCGAAGAACAAGAAGACGAACCACCAAAACCAAAACCUCCUUCUACUCCAAAUCCGUGUGUUCGUAAAGACCAGAGUGGUACUCAUAUCGUGAGUGUGGAGGACGUGGCGCAAGGGAUGCAACGGGAAACACACGAUCGUGUAACGAAGGUACCUGGUUUGACAGCAGAUGCAAAACUAGGUCAAUAUUACCAAAACGGUAAAGUAAAUACGUUGAAUAAUGAAUGUGAUAUAAGUCUCGAACAUUCCAAUCGUAAUACUAGUCGUUCACAACGGCCAUGUUAUGGAAAAGAUGGCUAUGAUAAGAUGUUUAAGAUAGAAAACGGAUGGAAAAGUGGGACAGACAUAAAUAAAAAACACCCACAUGAUGUUUUCUUGCCUCCAAGACGUGAACAUUUUUGUACUUCCAACUUGGAACAUUUGAAUACUAAUGUCAGCGGACUUACAGGACCUAAUGCUAUCCACUCUCUAUUGGGGGAUGUGUUACUUGCUGCGAAAAAAGAAGCAGGAUUCAUAGAAGAGAAAUAUAAGAAACCAAUAACUCCAGAGGGAUUUAAGGAAAAUGUAACUAUGUGUCGAGCAAUAAAAUAUAGUUUUGCUGAUCUAGGUGAUAUAAUUAAAGGAACAGAUUUAUGGGAUGGAAAUGGUGGGGAAAAAAAUACACAAAGUAAUUUGGAAACAAUAUUUGGUAAAAUUAAAGACAACCUGGGCAAGAGUGUCGAGAAUUAUAAAGAUGACAGCUACCCAUAUAUAAAAUUGAGAUCCGACUGGUGGUCUGCUAACCGUGACAAAGUUUGGAAAGCUAUGACAUGUCCACAAAAUGGUAUCAAGUGUGAUAAAGAUCCACCACUUGAUGAUUACAUCCCUCAAAGAUUAAGGUGGAUGACAGAAUGGGCAGAAUGGUAUUGUAAAUAUCAGGCAGAGGCGUAUAAGACACUACAGAAGGGGUGUGAUGAGUGUAAGAAUAAAAGUAAAAAAUGUGAAAAAGAUAAACCUCAGUGUAAGAAUUGCACGAAAGCAUGUGAUGAAUAUUGGAAAAAAAUUGAAAAAUGGGAAAAUCAAUGGACAAAAAUAAAAGAAAAAUACGAACAAUUAUAUCAAAAAGCAGAAAAAAAUGAUGGUGAUACUUCUAGUGGUACUGAUGAUGUCAAAGAAGAGAAUGAUGUCGUUGCAUUUUUGUCACAAUUAUACGAAAAAAAUAAAGGAUCUAAUACCAUAUAUUCUACUGCUGCAGGAUAUAUUCAUCAAGAAGCACAUAUUGGUGAUUGUAAGGAACAACACGUUUUUUGUGAUAAAAAAAAUGGCGAUAAACCAACUAAUGGUGAAGAAAAAGUGGACAACGAGAAAUAUGCUUUUAAACAUCCUCCACAUGAGUACGAAGUUGCGUGUAAGUGUGAAACAAACAAGAAACCGGAAGCACCUCCACCUCCACCUCCACCUCAACCACCUCCACCUCCUCCUCAACCAGCGAGACCUGCUGAAGACCAAAUUGAGCAUGAUCAUAGAGCAAGAUCAGAUGGUGGCCAACGCCAACGCCCACUACCACUACCACCUGUACAACAACCACCUGUACAACAACCACCUGUACAACAACCACCUGCACAACCACCACAACAACCACCACAACAACCACCACAACCACCACCACCAGCACCCGAAGGUGGUGGUCUCGGUCGCUCUUUACCACGAGCUGACAGAAAUGGCGAAAUUACCGACUCCGAAGAGGAGGAGGAGGAGGAAAAGGAAACGCCAAAGGUGGACGAGGAAACCGUCGAGGAGGAAACGACAAAGGAGGAGGAAAAGGCACCACAAGACCAGGAGGCGGAAAACCCGGACACCAAGGUGGAGGACAAGGUGGAGGGGUCGGGACCAAAAGAGGGGGAGGCACCACCAAAAGUAGACGGGGUGAAGCCGGCUUGUGACAUAGUGGCAACACUAUUUAAUGACACAAACAAAUUUAAAGACGCUUGUACCCUCAAAUAUGGCCCAAAGGCACCCACAAGUUGGAAAUGUGUUCCUACCACAAGUGGUGGUAGUGGUGUUACAACCACUGCCGGUAGUAGUGUUACAACCACCCCACCUAGUAAUAGUGGUGCCAUAUGUGUGCCACCCAGGAGACGACGAUUAUAUGUAAAGGAUUUAGAAAAAAUUGGUGAUGGUGAAGUAACACAAGUACAAUUACGAGAUGCUUUUAUUAAAUGUGCUGCUAUUGAAACUUUUUUUUCUUGGCAUAAAUUUAAAAAAGAUAAAGAAAAAAAAAAGAAGCCACAACAACAACAUGCAUUACAUCCAUUAUUCGUCCAAGACGACGACGAGGAAGAAGAAGAAGAAGAACAGGAAAAUCCCCAAGAGCAGUUAAAACGUGGUAAAAUCCCUGAUGAUUUUUUGCAUCAAAUGUUCUAUACAUUUGGAGACUAUAAGGAUAUACUUUUUGGGAAGGAUAUGGGUAAUGAUGUGGGUGAUGUAGAAAAUAAUAUAAAUAAGAUUCUCCCAAAUAAUAGUGCAAAAAGUGCUAAUGGCCAUUCACGUCAAGAAUGGUGGAAAAAAUAUGCUGAAGAUAUCUGGAAAGGGAUGGUUUGUGCGUUAUCACAUUCUGUGAGUGCAAGUGACAAAGACAGUAUGCAAAAAAACCUUACCGAUAAAUAUAAGUACAAAGAAGUUAAAUUCACUUCUAAAAGUAGCAAACAUAAUAUCCCUUUGUCCGAGUUCGAAAAGAAACCUCAAUUUAUACGAUGGUUUGAAGAAUGGACUGAAGACUUUUGUCGUAAACGAACAUAUAAACUGAAAAAGGCUAAACAGGAAUGUCGUGGAAAAGAGGAAGGUGACAAAUAUUGUGAUGGUGAUGGUUAUGAUUGUACUGAUAAAGAUAAAUUACGUAAUAAAUCUUUUAUAUAUUUACAAUGUUCAGGUUGUCAGAAAGAAUGCAUAAAAUAUAAAAAAUGGAUAGUAAACAAAAGAAAUGAAUUUAAUAAGCAAAAAAAGAAAUUCGAAAACGAAAUUAAAACUGUUAAUGGUACAAAUGAGGAUAAAUAUGAUGAAGAAGUUUAUAAAAAUCCCAAACUAAUGUACCCUUUAUUCAAUGAUUUUGUAUCAAAGUUAAAUGAAAGUCCGUAUUGUAUUAACAGUAAUGUAGAAGAUAAAAUAGAUUUUAAUAAAAAUGGGGAAACUUUUGGCUCAUCACAAUAUUGCAAAGCAUGUCCUGUUUAUGGUGUUAAUUGUAAGAACAGUAAACACAAAUGUCUACCUAUUAGUAUAGAAAAAUAUAAUAGCACAAAAAGUAGUAGAGGGGAAAAUAAUGACGAUAAGACCCCUAGUAUUAUUGAAGUAUUGAUGUUAGAUCGAAAAGGAGAUAAUAAGAAUAAUGUUUUUAUUAAUGAUUGUAAGAAUGCGGGUUUUUUUGAAGAUGCGAGCUUUCAAAAAUGGAACUGCCAAAAAAAGAAUGGAGUAGAUCAGUGUAAACUUACAGAAUUUGACGACAAUAUGGAUGAUGAUAAAGAAAUGGAAUUUAAUGUUUUUUUUCAGCGUUGGUUAAGAUAUUUUGUAUACGAUUAUAAUAUAUUGAAGGACAAAAUUAAAGCAUGUGUAAUAACUAAAGAUGAAAAAUCAAAUAAAUGUAUUAAUGGAUGUAAAGGUAAAUUGGAAUGUGUAGAAAAAUGGUUAAAUAAAAAAUCUACAGAAUGGGGAGAUAUAAAAGAGCAUUAUAAAAAAAAUCCAAAAUUUGUUAAUGAGAGUAUUCCUUAUUUGGUUAAAAGUUAUUUUGAUCAGAUAUACUUUGACAAGGAUUCCACUAAAGCCAAAGAAGUCGUUGAAGAGGAAACAGAAAGAAUUAAAUUAUGGGGAUGUACUGGUCCAAAUAAUUGCAAUGAGCAAGAGCAAAGUAAGAAUGAAGAUUUUAUAACAAAUUUAAUUGAAAAGCUUAAAAACAAAAUUGAUAUAUGUAAAGCCCAACCUGAUGGACCUGAUGAAAAUUGUCUUCCAUUCCCCUCCGACCCCGAGCCUGAACCUGAGGAGGAUCCAGACACAUCUAUCACAUCUUCACCUCCGGAUUUUUGUAAAAAUCUUAAUACACCAGAUGGAGAGAAAUCACCGAUAGAUACAGAGGAAUCGGCCGUACCAGUAGAUCAUGAUGUAACCAAAGAAGAAGAAGAAGAAAAAGAGGAGGAAAAAGAUAAAGGAGAUGAGGAAGAAGAAGAAGAAGAAGAAGAAGAAGAUGAGGAAGAAGAAGAAGAAGCAGAAGAAGAGGAAUUAGAUGAUGAGAUUCAUGAUGACGACUCCGAUUCAAAAACAGAGGAUGAAGAUCAAGAUGAACUUGAUCCAGCAGGACCAUUAUCACCUUCAGAGCCACGACCAAAACGAUUGUCACGAGAAUUUCCAUCCACCCAAUUAAAAAAUGCCAUGUUAUUUUCUACCAUCCUCUGGAUGGUAGGUAUCGGUUUUGCGGCGUUCACUUAUUUUUUUCUAAAGAAAAAACCGAAAUCACCUGUUGACCUCUUACGUGUACUUGACAUCCAUAAAGGUGAUUAUGGAACACCUACCUCGAAAUCAUCCAAUAGAUAUAUCCCCUAUGUUAGUGAUCGAUAUAAAGGCAAAACAUAUAUUUAUAUGGAAGGAGAUACUAGUGGAGAUGACGAUAAAUAUAUGUUUCUUUCUGAUACUACUGAUGUAACUUCAUCAGAAAGUGAGUAUGAAGAAUUGGAUAUUAAUGAUAUAUAUGUACCAGGUAGUCCUAAAUAUAAAACAUUGAUCGAAGUGGUACUAGAACCAUCAAAAAGAGAUAUACCAAGUGAUGAUAUACCUAGUAGUGAUACACCUAUGAAUAAAUUUACUGAUGAGGAAUGGAAUGAACUGAAACAGGAUUUUGUAUCACAAUAUAUACAAAGUGAACCACUGGAUGUACCACAAUAUGAUGUAUCAACAGAGUUACCAAUGAAUAUAGUAGGUAAUGUUUUAGAUGAUGGUAUGGAUGAAAAACCUUUUAUUACUUCUAUUCAUGAUAGAAAUUUAUAUAGUGGGGAUGAAAUUAGUUAUAAUAUUAAUAUGAGUACUAACACUAAUAAUGAUAUUCCAAAAUAUGUAUCAAAUAAUGUAUAUUCUGGUAUAGAUUUAAUUAAUGACACAUUAAGUGGUAAUCAACAUAUUGAUAUAUAUGAUGAAUUAUUGAAACGAAAAGAAAAUGAAUUAUUUGGAACAAAUUAUAAGAAAAAUACAUCAAAUAACAAUGUAGCUAAAUUAACAAAUAGUGAUUCAAUUAUGAACCAAUUAGAUUUAUUACAUAAAUGGUUAGAUAGACAUAGAGAUAUGUGUGAGAAGUGGAAUACCAAGGAGGAAUUAUUAGAUAAAUUGAAUGAAGAAUGGAAUAAGGAAAAAGAUGGAGGUAAUGUACCAAGUGAUAGUAACAAAAGGUUGAAUACCGAUGUUUCUAUACAAAUAGAUAUGGAUGAUGGAAAACCAAAGAAGGAAUUUAGUAAUAUGGAUACUAUCUUGGAUGAUAUGGAACAUGAUAUAUAUUAUGAUGUAAAUGAUGAAAACCCAUCUGUGAAUGAUAUACCUAUGGAUCAUAAUAAAGUAGAUGUACCAAAGAAAGUACAUGUUGAAAUGAAAAUCCUUAAUAAUACAUCCAAUGGAUCCUUGGAACCAGAAUUUCCUAUAUCGGAUGUAUGGAAUAUAUAA